AUGUCAAACUUUGUGCCAAUCAAUAUCUAUGAGGAAGACCUCAUACACGAAGCUGAAGUCCAUACUCGUGAGCUUCAGGUUGAACAAGGUCUUGAUUUAUACAAACGCGCUCUUAAACUACAACGUGAUGGCGAUAGACCCAAUGCUCACAAGGAAUAUGACGCGCUGUUUAAUCUCGAAAUUCUUAAUCUUACUAGAGAAACUGGACUACCACCACUAGCUGAAAACUUAAAGUAUCUAGCUUUCAAAAACCAUGCCAUUCUACUGCUCUCCGAUCUGAAACAUGGACGCAAAGGCAUGGACGACACCGAAGCGUCUCAGCGCAUUGAAAUCGUUCUUGAUGAAUUUGCUGAAGCCCUUUUAUACAACCCUUCAGGAGACGACGAUGCUACCUUUUUCACCCUUCUUGCAGCACUCGCAUCUCGUCUCGGAUACGUCCGUGUUGCACGGCUUGCGUAUGAGUGCGUGGCCACAGCUCCAGCUGCUUCCGGAACAGGCCUCCAGUCUAUUCUUGAUUCUGCUAAACUUACAAGUCCUCUUGAUAUUCAAAUCAUUCAGUCUCUCUACAUUCUCUGUCGCCAGAUCCACGACGAAGCCACCCUCAACUCCAGACCCCAGUUAUUUUCCCGUGUCGCGCCAAAUAAAAGUAUACCACAACUACUGCCACCACGGCCUCCAGAUCUUUCCUUUUUUGGAGAUAACCCUCUUCCUCGUACUGAAAACUAUAAGAUUCCAGUCAUUCCCUCCAAAAUCAAUCUUCUCUCACCUGACUGGGUCUCUCUCAUCAAUGUCGUCCAGGACCAUGUUCUUAAUUUAACCGGCCAAUCAAAAAGCAAAAAGAAACUCGCAUGCUCUGAAGAUCCUUACGAAAAUAGUCUCCGUCCUUCAUACCCAAUUACAUUUAACGUGCCUGACCUAUCUCAACAAGACUUGAAACCUUCACUAGUAACCGAAUCUCCAGAGAUUGCCGAACCAGAACAACAACAGCCUAUGGAAAAUAAUGAUACCCCAAAAGGCACCAGCAUAGAAAAGGAAAAGUCUGAAGAACCCCAACCUCCAGAACAAUCUGCAUCAUCCUCAUCAUCAUCAACAACAAAAAACAAUACCCCAGAAAUUCCAGCAGAAAAUAAAAAACGGAAAUCAGAAUCUAUAUCUUUAGAGCCACAGGACCCUCCAAAAGCACGGUCCAGUAAACGCUUCAAGCUUCAAGAAAAAACAAACUCUCUCAGUGAUGCAGAUUUCACAGAAGAUGAUGCCUUUUUUGACCAAAUGAAGACAUUUCUUAAGCCAUGCUCUUUUUCCUUUGUGACAAUUUCUCCGGUCUUUUCUCGUGAUGAACCCAAAAACCCAUCAGAUCAGUAUAUUUAUGAUUUUAAACAAGAGCUACUAAAUUGGGAUGCACCACAGGUAGAAGUCUUGGCCGCCAUGAAGGCUGAAAUCAACUCAGAUACUAUUGUACAGGACGAUACACAUGACCCACAAAACUCAAACGCUAUUUCACAGCCACUUUUGGCUCAACUUCUCGAUAGUCCUUCAUCUGCUACCUCUACAGUCCAAAUCCCAGAAAGCAGUAGACCAACUACCCUUCCACCAAGUUCUACAUCGGUUGCAUUUGUGCAAUCGGUUCUUGCAUCCCGUCCACAUAUUCAAGAGGUGCGUGUCAAUCUUGUUCGCGCAUUGUGCGGAGUCCAACCUGAAAACGAACUCUCGCCUAUUCUUACACAAAUAUGGCCACUUAAUGCUAUCACCUCUCUGGGUCAUUUAGUGUGCCAUGUUGAACCACUAUUACAGGAAUAUCCUAGCAGCUAUGUUUCUCAGGCUGUUGAGCUCGGAACACUUCUGGACACUUUUUGUGAAGUUGCCAUUACACAGACUAUUCUUGAAAUCAUUGCCAAUGAAUCUUUUGGCAUCUCUAAGCUUUUACGCAAACCAGAAACCUUAUCCAAGGCCUCUAUAAAAGAUUUGUCUGCCAAACAAUCUGCUCUUGAAGAGCGGUACCUUUCUUGGCGCCGCAUCUUUUGCGACCUUGUUGCAGUUUCUUCUGAACGGACACAGACUCGGUUCCAAAAUAUUGUCUUACGAAAUCAAUGGACAAAUCUGUUGGUCAGUAAAUCAAUAACUGCAGAUGCUUUUGCCGAUAACGGCGACGACUUUUCUGACAUUAUCAAAGAGCUGGAAGCUGUCAACCCUUCGCUCGAAAUCACAUACCCUAAUUUUGUACAUAUCCCUCCAUUUUCUCUAGUUUCAAUCCGCAAUCAACUCUCAAGAUUUCGUGCCAUGGCUACUCUUUCCGAAAUAUUUAAAGACCCUGUGGAAGAAGCUUCUUCAGCAAUCAAGGAAGCCCAAGAGGAAAAACCAGUGGAUUCAUCCACUACCACUGAAAAGAAAAAAGACAGCAAACAGAAAAACAAGGUAAAGGGAAAAGUCGAUAAAGAAAAGGACGAGGAAAGGAAAAAACAAGAAGAAGAACGGAAACGGCUUGAAAAGGAAGAACGUGAGCGGCGGAAAAAAGAGCUUGAAGAACAAAAGGCUCGCAAUAAACUGCUAUCCAUUGAAGCCAGCAAAAAGCGAAUUUCUCUUCUUGAGCGCAUUCUUUUCCCUGAAAAGCCAGAUGAUCCUGAUGUUGUUAUGGAGGAUGAUCCUUUGCUAAAGCCAUUGGAGAAGCCAGAAGAUGAGUACAAGGCGAUUUCUCUUUACUUAUCUCGUGCAUCGCUUGACCUUCGCCUAAAAUUUUGGAACCUGCUGCUGGACGACUAUCAAAACGCAGGCGAGUCUCAAAAAUCUCUUGAUGGGUAUCUUGCCAUCUUUUGUGAUAUUGUCAAAGAACUUACUUCACAUAAGUACAAGACGCUUGCUCCUGAACAACGACCUAUCGUGCUACUGCGCGCUGUUUACAUGUGUCACAAUGCUGCCAAAAACAUGAUGGCACUUGAUCUUUCCAUCACCUCGUUCAGCCACCUGAGCCAAACCAGUCUCCGUGCUGCCAUGUCUGCAAUUUUAGCACUGCUACGACUUUUAUACGUUUAUGUUCUUUUCGAAGACGGAAUAGUCAAUGCAGUUAUCAAUGCACCAUCACACCCCGCUUGGGAAAAGGCCGCAAAUAUCAUGAAAGAACUUACUGUUCGGUCGUGGUGUCUCUUCUACUACCUUUACCAAGCGUUGGUUCCAACAAGCACAACGGAAACGCUUCAUGAAAUUUUGAGCAUAAUCCACGAGCAACUGGGAAACCGUGGUUACUGUGGUCUUGCUGAUGGUGUUCUUCUAGGCCUAAUCUUUAACGAGCUUAUACGAUUAAACCCUAAAGACUCAGAGUCUGACAUGAUUCAAUGCUUGCACUGCCGGUACAAUGUUGUUAUUGCUUCUGAAGACUUUCACCCAUACGACCACAGUACUAAACCUAUUGAGUUGGAUAAGAGUACAGCUCUUAAAAUUCUUGAGUUUGUUCUUGGCAUUCUCAUCAAAAAGAAAAAUCUUUCCCAAAGUAUUUUGCGUGCAGAAGUCAAGGGUGUUUUAGAUGAACUUUUUGAAGCCAUCCAGUUCCCAAGUAGCAGCAGCACACCCACCAUUUCCCGCAACGCCUUUAUAUUGACUGGCAUUAUGGAGAUGCGUGUCGAUGUUCCGUUUCUUAAAAUGUGCUUUAAUGGCAAUCAUCCAAUUUCAUUUGUUGACACACCUAAGGAAAUUGACUCACUAGCUAAGUCGGGUCUCUACUUUUUACUGGGCCAGUCGCGUAUGCAGCUUUAUAAAGUGCGCAAGCGUACAAUGCAGGGUCGCACAGAAGAUGUUGCUGAAGCCAUAAAAUUUCUCAAGUACGACCUCAUGUGCGGUGGUUAUAACCGAUUCGAAACAUGGUACUUACUUGCCCAAGGCUACGAUGCUCUUGUUGAGGACGACUUGACCUGGAAUACGGACAAAAUCUCUGUUCCUGAUUCACGUAAUGUCACAGUCGCUCGUCAGAAAAAGACCCUGAUUUGCGCAGGCAUGGCAAUCAAUAGGCUAUUACAACAACAGGGCAAGUCUUCCGAGCUGCUAGCUAACUCACCAUCUUAUCACAAUAUGCUGCAAAGUGUAUGGUCAUUUUUCGCUCGCCUUCUUUUCAACUCAACACAGUGUCCGAUGGACAUGGCUGCGUUUUACCAGAUGGGGGAGCGCAUGCUUUGCGGCAUGGAAGGUUUAUAUACUCGUGAGCCCGUAUACAAGCUUAAACCUGCUGUCAUUAUCAAGUCGGCGUUACUAGCGCUCAAGGUUUCAGAGCGCGAAGAACUCGACUGGUACACUCUUUAUCUCAAGGGUCAAAUGCUGCACAAGCUUAAAUCGUCGCACGAAACGGUUCUAGACAUAUAUACAAAGUCUAUGGAGCUUGCUCCUGAAAAGCAUACAAGAGAUUGCGACUCAGUAUUGGAACCUCAUUACAAGUUUGUUUCUUGUGUUUACAAGUAUUUACACUCUGGCGUCAUCACCAAUGCACAGGCUCUAGAGUAUCUUUCCAAAUGCGCUUAUGCAGAUAACACUGGAGACAAUCCGAUUGUAAUUGAAAGUCCUGACAAGCCUGAAAACAAUGAGGCUUACAGUUUGUGUGCAGCUGCACUUAUCAAGAUUCGCAGUGCCGACAAAAAGAAAUGGCACCAUCGGCCUACGUACCGUCUUGCGCGGAUUUACGACGAGGCUGGAGGAGAUUUUCUCAAGGCCAAGGACGAGCUGUCUGCAUUUUUCCAGCUCAAAGUGACUUCCAAAACGCCGAUCCAAAUUUGGAAAACCGAGUACGAGCGGCCUGGACAACACUUUGAGUAUGUUAGACAGUACAUUGUAUUCUUCAUUGACUUGCUGGGCCGCACACAGGAUGUGGAGAUGUUUGGCUUACUGUCCAAGUGUCUGCGUAAGUUCAAGUCUGGUAUGCUUAGACACCAAGAGACCUGGGAGUUUAUGUGUAGCACAGUGGCGCGUGUUUGCAAGUCGGAUGCUGUGCUUGGGAUCCCAGCCCGUUAUGCAGAUUCCACAAUCUCCCGGAUCGUGUUUGAAGACUUUGCACGAAACGCGGCCAAAAUGCUUGACUACAAUGAAAAGACAGCAACGCCGUUGCAUCCAUUGACCAAGUUUCUUAACUACACUGCCGAACUACGCCGGUUGAAUAAUGGGUUUGGCUCAACGGCAGCUCUUGAUGACCUGUUUGUGUCCAUAUAUUUGAUCAUUUACUGCGAUUUUGUGGAUGAGGUGCUUCCUGAAGAAGAACUGAAGGAAAAAAAGAAGAGGGAAGAAGCUGCAGCUGCUGCCGCUGCCGCUGCUGCCAAAGCAAGUGCAUUACAAACUCCAUCAACAAAGAUCUCAGUCAUGGAUUUAUUAUCAGAUCCUGUUACUCCUGAUUCCAAUGAGACACCACCGCCAGCACCGACUGAUACCAAACAAAAGAGCGGUAAAGGUCUCAAAAGUAUCAAAGUUGUUUGGCCCGAGUCUGACAAAAAGAAGACGUCGUCUCCAGGUGCUGGUUCCAAUGGAUCUACUGGGUCUACAACUACUUCCUCUUCCAAAGUACGCGUGACACGCCGUGACAUUAUCAGUCGGUCACUCGCGCUUUUGCGCGUGUGCUUGAGCAAACUUGUUGCUGCUGACAGUCUCAAAAUCACCAAGGCCAACACGCCAAUGCCAUGCCGAGUAGAGUCACGCAGUAUUGAACUUGCACUGGCAGCUGAAGAACAAAUGGAAAAGGAGCGGUUGAUGGCAGAGGAGAUGGAAAAGACACACAAGGUCAAGGAUUUAACUGCACACAAGGACGAAGAGCCUCGAAAACGGCGACGCCGGAAACAGCACAAGGAUGAAGACAGUUUUACGAGCACUAAUGGGAACAAGGGUGAUGAUACCACUAGCGUUGUUGUGGAGCCUAAAGCUGAAACACAGCAUGAACCAUACAGUAAUGCUCCUACCUUGCUGACGGAUGGUGAAGACGAAGAGGUUGUACGCGUUGUUGGAAAUGGAAGGGAUUCCGAGGUGGCUACAUUGGAAAGUGCGGUUACAUCUCCGCGCCCAUUUAAGCCCUCUAUUUCGUCACUACUUGACCCGGAUCCUGAGCCAUUACCAACUACGGCUGGGUCUAAGGUAUCACCCCCCAGAGCUAAAUCGUCUCCAGUUCAGGAGACGCGACAAAACAAGGAGAAAUAUCCAGGUCAACAGCGACAAUACUAUGAAGAGGGUGUACGUGACGACAGAUAUAGUCGUGGACAGCCUGAGUCGGCGGCUCAGAGUGGGUAUUACUCUCAAGAGUAUUACAGACGGGGCACAUAUGCACAAUCUGAGUAUUCUCAAUCUGGGUAUUACAAUCAGCAGUAUUAUGAGAGACAGCAACAGCAUGAUGGCUCCAGGUAUUAUGAAAGUCACGAUGCUCAAAAGCAGCAGCGAUAUGAUGGGUAUGAAUCACAGCAACGGUCAUCUGAGGUAAAUCCUAUAGUGCAGUCGACAACUGCGCAGUCAACAACUACGCAGGCUCCCCAACAAGCCACAGCUCAAGAGUCUUUGCAUGAGAGCGAGGCCGAAAAUGAACCAAAGCCAUCCAGCAGACAUUCUGACUGGUUUAACACUAUUAUUGGCAAGUCAAGCGAGGCUCCCAUUGAACUAGAUUGA